AUGGACUAAAAAUAACAAGAAGACAAACUUCAAACCCAAAAAUCAGACGAAGGCUGUAUAUUCUAAUCUGAAUACAAAGAAAUAGCUGACUAUAACAACAUCGAAAAAUUAAGUGAAGAAUUCCCCUCUUUAAAAAGAUUAAACAACCCCUGA